AUUCAAUCUCUACAUUAUCUGUAUAAUCCCGAUUAGCCAGCAAAAUUUUCAUGAACCAAUAAUGGGUGCCUACAGAGCAGAUGACGAUUACGAUUACUUGUUCAAGGUCGUUCUAAUCGGAGAUUCUGGCGUUGGUAAAUCCAAUCUCUUAUCAAGAUUCGCCCGCAAUGAGUUCAGCCUCGAAUCCAAAUCCACAAUCGGCGUCGAAUUCGCAACUCGCAGCAUUCAGGUUGAUGACAAGAUCGUCAAAGCCCAGAUUUGGGAUACAGCCGGUCAAGAAAGGUAUCGUGCAAUCACGAGCGCUUACUACAGAGGAGCUGUGGGCGCUCUGGUAGUCUAUGACGGUACUCGCCACGUUACAUUUGAAAACGUGGCGAGAUGGUUAAAGGAAUUGAGAGACCAUACGGAUGCAAACAUUGUCAUUAUGCUGGUAGGAAACAAAGCAGAUUUACGUCAUCUUAGAGCGGUUUCAUUAGAAGAUGCAAAAGCAUUUGCCGAAAGGGAACAUACAUUUUUCAUGGAGACUUCUGCUCUUGAGGCUUUAAACGUUGAAGAUGCAUUUACAGAAGUUUUGACUCAAAUUUAUCAUGUGGUUAGUAGAAAGGCCCUUGAUAUUGGAGGGGACCCUGCAGCUUUGCCUAAGGGACAGACCAUAAAUAUUGGUAACAGAGACGACGUAUCGGCUGUCAAAAAAGGCGGUUGUUGUUCUUCCUAA